AUGGAUCAAACGCUAAAAGAUACUGGCUUGCACAUACACCCUCAGAAAGAAGAGCCUUAUGUGGACUGGGCCAUCGAAAGUUAUGGCACCGAUGGCACUGCUGUCGAUGGUCUAACGCCAGAGAUACUACCAAGCGGUGGCCAGCACACAACAUCAGUCAACGAGGCCCAAACAACAGCAAGUAAUGAGGGUCAAAGAAUAGCAGCCAGCGACGGCCAAAAAACAGCAGCCAGCGACGGCCAAAAAACAGCAGCCAGCGAGGGCCAAAAAACAGCAGCCAGCGAGGGCCAAACAACAGCAGUCGGCGAAGCCCAGCGCACUACUAAAUUCCAGGAAGGCGACACUGGCCAGCCAGAUCCGUCUGACAAGAACACCCGUCAUUCGACAUCAGGCAACGACGGCCAGCGCCAAGGUGCUGCAGAUGCGGGAAGCACCAGUGAGACUCAUGUACAAAAGCCUGGCAUGGCGUAUGAAUUAAGACCUGCGAGCCCGAUCCAGGAUGACGAGUCCACUCCUGAAAGCCGUUCUUUCCUUUCCAGCGUUGGUCAGUGUUUCGGCAAGUGCUUGCACUGUUACAAGGAGGAAGAACGCGACAGACCACUUGAACCGGCGACCAUCAGGAAUGAGGAAGGUGGAAAAGGCGGCAUACGUAUGGAGACCCUAUUCCCGAACAACCCACAGCCGAACAACCCACGGCCGGAGAAGCAGAAGAAGCAGUGGCCAUCCAGCUGGACAUCAAACACCUGGAGUGACUGCUUCCAACGAGGCUGUCCAUGCUGUUGCUGCUUAUUCUGUCUUUGUCCCAAUGAUUCUGAAGCUGAUGUAGGAUCGGACUGA